ACUGCGUGGUGGGGGAGGGGGUCGGUGGAGUUGACGGAAACGCCAUCUUGAAAAGUGUCCUCGGAUGGUCUUCCUUUUGGCGCCCGAAGAAUCCUUUUAAAUGUUUUUUUCUGUUUAGUGGAGGUAUCUCUGUUUGUUUUGUAGAGGCCCCGGGCUCAGAGAGGCUGGAGACUCGCCGUGUACCGCUGUCUAUCGGUGUGUGCUGUUGAACUGCUUUAUGUGUGCGUCGUGUCAGUCUGUCCAUCACCGCUGUCUGCCUGCCUGCCCGUCCGACUGGUUCGCCUGGAAUGGGCCACGAUUCCCAAAGACUAGAACAGACCUCUUUCUAACCUGAGCUCCGCCGCCUGGACGCCACACACUCACAGAGCCAACAUGUUUUGGAAGUUCGACCUCCACACCACAUCCCACAUCGACACGCUGCUGGAGAAGGAGGAUGUGACCCUCACCGAGGUCAUGGACGAGGACGACGUCCUGCAGGAGUGCAAAGCCCAGAACCACAAGCUGGUGGACUUCCUGCUGAGGCCGCAGUGCAUGGAGGACCUGGUGACCUUCAUCACACAGGAGCCCAGCACCGACGUCGAGGAGAAGGUCAAAUACAAGUAUCCCAACAUAUCGUGUGAGCUCCUCACUUCAGACGUGAGCCAAAUCAACGACAGACUAGGAGAAGACGAGAAGCUGCUGAUGAAACUCUAUGGUUUCCUCCAGAACGAGCAUCCUCUCAACCCGCUGCUCGCCAGCUUCUUCUCCAAGGUCCUCUCUAUUCUGAUCGGCCGCAAACCCGAACAGAUCGUGGAUUUUCUGAGGAAGCGGGAUGACUUCGUUGAUCUGAUGAUCAAACACAUCGGGACGUCCGCCAUCAUGGACCUGCUGCUCAGGAUGCUGACCUGCAUCGAGCCGCAGCAGCUGCGGCAGGACGUCCUCUCUUGGCUGAACGAGGAGAAGGUGAUCCAGAGACUGGUGGACAUGGUGCAGUCGUCUCAGGAUGAAGACAGACACUCGAACGCCUCGCAGUCGCUGUGUGAGAUCAUCCGCCUGAGCAGAGACCAGAUCUUCCAGGUCCAGGGCUGCUCGGAGCCCGACCCCCUGCUGGCCACACUCGAGAAGCAGGAGACGGUGGAGCAGCUGCUGUCCAACAUCUUUGACAAGGAGAAGAACGAGUCCGCCAUCGUCAGCGUCAUCCAGAUCCUGCUCACCCUGUUUGAGACGCGGAGACCAGCGUUCGAGGGUCACAUGGAGUGUCCUCCUGGGAUGUCCCACCCUUCCUUCUCAGUCAACCACAGCAUCCUGGAGGCUGUGAGGCCUCGACUCAAAGACUUCCACCAGCUGCUCCUGGAACCCCCAAAAAAAAACGUGAUGAAGACGACGUGGGGGGUGCUGGACCCCCCGGUGGGGAACACCCGGCUCAACGUGGUGCGGCUGGUGGCCAGUCUGCUGCAGAGCAACACGCACAGCAUCAACUCGGAGCUCAUCAACCUCAACACACUGGGAGUCAUUCUAGACAUGUACUUCAGAUACAUCUGGAACAACUUCCUCCACAUUCAGGUGGAAAUAUGCACAGCCAUGAUCCUGGCCAUGCCUCCAGCCCCCACAGACGUCCAGGCAGACAUGGAGGCGGAGCAUCAGAGGGAGAGCGCCCUCAUCAGACAUCUGUUUCAGAAGUGCCAGUUCAUCCAGAGAAUCGUAGACGCCUGGAACUCCAACGAGAAGGAACAAGCUGAAGGUGGUCGGCGACGAGGCUACAUGGGUCACCUCACCAGAAUAGCCAACUCUAUCGUUCAUAACUGUGACAAAGGUCCGAAUGGACCGCAGAUACAGCAGCUCAUCUCAGAGCUCCCCACUGAGGACAGAGAGAAAUGGGAGGUGUUUAUUUCCGGGCAGCUGGCUGACACCAAUAAAAGGAACACUGUGGACCUGGUGAACACACACCACAUCCAUUCCUCCAGCGACGACGAGGUGGACUUCAAAGACAGCGGCUUUCACCAGGACUCCUCUCUUCAACAAGCCUUUUCUGAUUAUCAGAUGCAACAAAUGACGUCCAAUUUUAUUGAGCAGUUCGGCUUCAAUGACGAAGAGUUUGCCGAUCAAGACGAUGUUGUGGAUAUUCCCUUUGAUAGAAUAUCAGACAUCAAUUUUUCACUGAAUACAAAUGAAAGUGCGAAUAUAGCUCUGUUCGAAGCUCGCUGUAAGGAGAAGAUCCAGCAGUUUGAAGACGCCGGCUCGGACGAGGAAGACAUCUGGGAUGAGAAAGAUGUGACGUUUGCACCCGAGGCACAGAGGCGUCCGAGGAGUUCAGGCAGCACGGACAGCGAGGAGAGCACGGACUCGGAAGAGGAGGACGUGAAGAGAGACCCGUUCGAAGUGUCCAACCUCGGCACCGACGACAGGAUGGAGGUGGACACAGGGCCGGUGUGGACCGCCAACUUCGACGACAUCCCCAUGGACACGGGUACCUCCACCGCCGCGGGCUCCGGCCCCGGCAGCGCCGCCGCCUCGUCCCCCUCGUCCUCCGCCCCGGCCCCGGCCCCGUCCCCUCCCGCCGAGGCCGUCCCCGAGGCCGCCUGGAGCGCCUCCCCCGCCGCCUCCGCCAGCUCCGAGGGCUGGGCCGACUUCUCCAGCUUCACCCCCGUCAGCCCCAAAGACCCCUUGAGGUGCAACUCGCCUGUUGCUAUGGAAACCAGCACCGAGACGAUGGAUCCUCUGGGGGUCAACGCGCCCAUGCAGAAUGAAGACUUCGACGGCUGGCUCGGUACCGGGGCGGCGUCCCCCUCGUCCGCCGCACCAAAGGAUUCUGGGAAGUCCAAGCCUGAGGAGGAGAGCGCGUGCGGCGAGCAGCGCAGCAUCACGGAGACGGUCAUCAACGGCUCCAUGAAGGAGACGGUCAGCCUCACCGUGGACGCCAAGACGGAGACGGCCGUCUUCAAGAGAGUGUUGAAAUCUUAUCGUGAUGAAGAGAAGAUUUCCUCUUCAGAGAAAUACUCGGCAGAGGACUGUGUGGACUCGGAGAUAGCAGGCAUCAACAGCUCAGCUGCAGUCUGCUGCCCCAAAACAGGGGAGAAGUGCCGGCCCUCGGUGGAGCUGCCCAACGGCCCCCUGGAGGACACGUCUGCGCUGGAAGAGGCCAAGCCGGAGCGCAGCUCGGCGCCCUCGGAGCCGGCGGUGAAUGGGCCGGCGUGAGCCCCCCCUCCCCCUCCCUCCCCCCACGGCGCUGACGGACAGAACCUUCUGCCAGGCGGGGCCCGUUCUCCUGGACGGCCAGCAGAGGCCGCUGCUCGCCGCAGCACCAGGACCAGCAAUACCCAGCUCAUCAGACAGGUGUACAGACAGGACGGACUGCAGCGGCACCAGAGACACACCAGACCAUCCAGAAUACUUUUCUGCAUUUGUUUAUAAAGCGUUGUUCUUAUGAGGUGGCGUGCGACUGAUAUCUGACACUCAAAACUAAAUAGUAAUGUUGCUAUAGUUAAAUAAAUGAUUGUAUGAAUAAAAUAUUUUAUAAAA